GCUGGGGCCUGCGGCGCCGCGGUUAGCCGACCAUGCGCGCACGGAGACCCUGGGACGGGAAGGCCUGGGCUCCGGGGUCUCGUGCGCAGAGAGACCCCUGGACGGGGAGGCCUGAGCUCCGGGUUCUUGUGUGCAGAGAGACCCCUGGAUGGGGAAGCCUGGGUCCCCGGGACCUGUGCACACUGAGACUCUGUGAUGGGGAGGCCUAGAGCUCUGGGUUCCUGGAAUUGAGAAUUUGGUGGUCUCCUGGAGUCCCCAUGGGUAGAGCCCAGGGCUGUAUCAUGCAUCGUGCAUCCCGCAUUCCGCAUGCACUUGGAGCUGAGAGAUCUGUGCUCUCCAGGAUCCUGUACAGGGGUGGUCAUAGAACCCGCCCGGCAAGACCAGGGCCAGUGUUCAAGGCGUCCAGAAGAGAGAACCUGGCUAAAGGAGAUUUCCCACGUGGAAUGGAAAGCUUGGCACCCAAAAGGAAAGGGAAGAAAGGGAAAGGCAAAGGCACCCCGGUUGUUGAUGGGCUCGCUCCAGAGGACAUGAGCAAGGAGCAGGUGGAGGAGCACGUCUGCCGCAUCCGGGAGGAGCUGGACCGCGAGCGAGAGGAGCGCAACUACUUCCAGCUGGAGCGGGACAAGAUCCACACCUUCUGGGAGAUCACACGGAGGCAGCUGGAGGAGAAGAAGGCCGAGCUGCGGAACAAAGACCGGGAGAUGGAGGAGGCUGAGGAGAGGCACCAGGUGGAGAUCAAGGUCUACAAGCAGAAGGUGAAGCACCUGCUGUACGAGCAUCAGAACAACCUGACGGAGAUGAAGGCCGAGGGCACGGUGGUCAUGAAGCUGGCCCAGAAGGAGCACUGCGCGCAGGAGGACAUGCUGCGCAAGGACAUGCGGGCACUGAAGGUGGAGCUCAAGGAGCAGGAGCUGGCCAACGAGGUGGUGGUGAAGAACCUGCGGCUGGAGCAGAUGGAGGACAUGCGGAAGAAAGAGGAGCACCUCGAGAAGGAGAUGGCGGAGGUGUCCGUGCAGAACAAGCGCCUGGCAGACCCCCUCCAGAAGGCUCGGGACGAGAUGAAUGAGAUGCAGAAGAAGCUCGGGAACUACGAGAGGGACAAGCAGAUCCUGGUCGUGAGUCUCCACCUGAAUUCAUCUCCCGCCUCAGCACCUUCUCCUGGGCCCAGGAGAGGAGGAAGGAGCCUGCAUUACAUGGAUGCCAGAAUGCCUUGUGUCCCCCACCCCCUGUUUUCUCUCCAGUGCACAAAAGCGCGUUUGAAGGUCACUGAGAAAGAGCUGAAGGGGCUGCAGUGGGAGCAUGAGGUGCUGGAGCAGCGGUUCAUGAAGGUGCAGCAGGAACGGGAUGAGCUCUACCGGAAGUUCACUGCGGCCAUCCUGGAGGUGCAGCAGAAGGUGGGCUUCAAGAACCUGCUCCUGGAGCGCAAACUGCAGGCGCUGAACGCCGCCGUGGAGAAGAAAGAGGUGCAGUUCAACGAGGUGCUGGCGUCCUCCAACCUGGACCCGGCAGCCCUGAGUCUCGUGUCCCGCAAGCUGGAGGAUGUUCUGGAAUCAAAGAACAGCGCCAUCAAGGACUUGCAGUAUGAGCUGGCCCGAGUCUGCAAGGCCCACAACGACCUGCUUCGCACCUAUGAGGCAAAGCUCCUGGCCUUUGGGAUCCCCCUGGACAACGUGGGCUUCAAGCCCCUGGAGACAGCUGUGGUCGGGCAGACGCUGGGUCAGGGCCCCGCGGGACUCGUGGGCACCCCAACGUAGCCCCUGCCCGGGCUGGAGGACACCCCCUUUCAACCCUGAGGACGGCAGGCGUUUGUUUUUACAUUUGUGUUGCCAGCAAAUGAAGGCGCUUCACGUUGGCUGUGUGUCCUGUUGCGUGGUGUGUGGAGAGGCGCUCCAGGGCCCACGGCCAGCUGCAGCUUUCCCUGCAGCCCAGCUGGUGCGCACGCCCACCCACCCACCCUACCCCUCCCGCCUUGGGGUGGGUGGCACCAGCUGAGCUCCGCCUAGUGACCGCCACAGCCUUGCAGAUGCCAGCACUGACUUUAUUGAUGCCCAAGUCACAGCCGCCACUGGGAAAUUGGGGGCCAGAUGACCCAGGAGGAACACAGAGGCCAGUCUGUUGAGGGCACGGGUGGCUCGGCGGCUGUGGUAACAGAAUUGGUGCUCACAGGCCAGCUGGCAUUCAGCCAGAGUGACGGUGGCUCAGCCACUAGCUCCCUCGGUACGUGGUGUAGGACCACGGGCUCAGCAGCAGCGGUACGUGGAACUUGUGGGUCUCGUUUGUGAUGGUGAAAACGACCUGAGAGAAGCAGAGAAGGCACCAGAAGAAGCGAGGGGCCUGCAUGCAGCACACGAGCAGCCUAACCCCAGUGCUCCCGGGGAGGACACAGCAGCCCAGGCUGUGCCCUGGGAGUUAAAGUCCAGGGGACAGGAGCCCCAACGUGGUGAGGGCUGUGGAGGGACCUGAAUCCUCCCUGGAGAAAGUGCUCGGCUUGAGGGACCCCUGGGCCUGCGGGUUCCCAAGGGGUCCUCCCAAAACAGGGUCAGGUGAAGGGGGAGGCAGGGAGGUCAGGCCCGGUGAGCUGGAUGGGGCCCGAGUCACCCUUGGCCCUGCCCCCAACAGCCUGACCGAGGGGCAGGGCAGGGAUGGGCUGCCGUGAGAAGUCCUGGACACUUCCUCUGGGAACUCAAAGCAGGUGACCUCAGCACCUGCCACCACCAUGGGAGAGACUGAGGGGCGGGACCAGCCUGCCCCCGGUCCUCACCUCCACAUAUGGGUAGAAGCUCUCCUGCCCCCGCUUCCUCCAGUAGCCCUCGGUGUCAAAGGACAGCUUGUACGUGCCCACCUUCAUCUGGCCUGGUGGCAGGAGCCCGGGACAGCGGCCGUCAGGGUCGGUGUAGCUGGCGAGGGGAAGCGGGAGCUGCAGAGGCGGUUGCGGAGCCGCGCCCCGCCUGGCUCUCCUGGGUCUGCGUGCCCGUGGCCUCAGACACCCCUGCAGCCUGACUGGGACCCGGGUGAGUAGGGCCAGGACAGCCCUGCAGCAGGAUGGAUUCUAGAGCCUCGUUCUGGAGCAGCCUUAAGGACACAGCCACAUUGUUCUUCUAGGAAAUCACAAUACAGAGGAGCAGAAAGGGGAAAAAAAUUCUUCCACAAUCUACCCCAUGAGCAGUAAUCAGUUUAUAUUUGGCACAUAUUUUUCCAGGUUUUCUCUAUGCCUAAAUAUGCUUAUAUACAAACAUAAAAAAAAUAAAAUGGAUUAUACUUUUCAUACUGUU